AUGAACGUCGUCGACCGGUGCUGGCGGCGCGACCGCCACUGGGCGGCCGACAGGCAACGCCUCGCCCGAUGUGCCGUCGGCUUCGCAGCCCCCAUGCACCACAACGUCGGCCGCGGUCUGCGGCGGUACACGGUUACCGACUCCAGCGACGACCCAGUGCGUCCCCGCCCUGGCACGCUGCGCUACGGCGCGACCGUGCUCCCGGGGAAGGUGUGGAUCACUUUCCAAGGGAGCAUGCAGAUCAAGCUGGUGAGGCCUCUUCUCGUCAAGAACUUCACCACCAUCGACGGCCGCGGUGCCGACGUCCACGUUGCUUACGGCGCCGGAAUUCUGCUCUACCAGGUGAGUAAUGUCAUCAUUCACGGGAUCCAAGUCCACCACAUACGAGCGCAGGCGGCGGGGCAGGUGAUGGACCCGCUCGGCGAGCUGAUAGAGAUGGUUGCGGAGGACGGCGACGCGAUCCGGCUGGUGUCUUCGUCCGAGGUUUGGAUCGACCACAACACGCUGUACAGCUGCGAGGACGGGCUGCUCGACGUGACGCUCGGCUCCAAUGCAGUGACGGUGUCCAACAACUGGUUCAGGGAGCACGACAAAGUGAUGCUGCUCGGCCACAACGACGACUUCGUGCAGGACAAGACGAUGCACGUCACCGUCGCCUUCAAUCGCUUCGGCCCCAAUUGCAACCAGCGGAUGCCCAGGGUCAGGUACGGCUACGCGCAUUUGGUGAACAACUUGUACGACGGGUGGCUCGAGUACGCCGUCGGCGGCAGCACGCACCCCAUCAUCCUUAGCCAGGGCAAUCUCUACGUGGCGUCGCCAGGCGGAAACAAGAAGGCUACGCUCCGAAUGGACGCAGGCGGCGUGCGAGCGAUGUCGGCGUCGUGGAAAUGGCGCUCGGUCAAUGACGCCUUCGUCAACGGGGCGUUCUUCCGGCAGACGGGCACCGGCCCGGUACGGCCGCCGUACGGGCGGAAGCAGAAGUUUCGGGUCGCGCGGGCGGAGGCCGUGCGAGACUUGACGAGGCACGCCGGCGCACUCGGCUGCAGCGCCGCUACCGGCGUUCGAUGCUGAUCGGAACGAAAAGACUAGUUUAUUGCGUUGCCGUGUAUC